AUGUUCUAUUGCUCAAUGACCCUUUGGAAACAGGGGAAGGAGAACUUUAGAGUGAUGCUAUGGAUGGAGGCAAAAAGACCUCCAAAGACGAAGCUAUCCAAGAUCACGGGCAAACCAAGGCACGCACAUCAUUUUUGUCACUGUCCAAGGGGGAAGCCGAAUGGUUCAAUAUAUUCAAUCGGAUCUUAUCCUGCAUGACCGCUCUCUUUGGGGAUCUUGGGCCGCCGUCCCAUGGAAUACAACAUCACUCAAACUCAACUGACUCUCGCAACCGAUCUCAUAAAAGCAAAGAACAGAGCAGUAAAAACCGCGUAGCAGCAGCAACCAUGAGUAGCCUUAGCGAGAUUUUCCUCAUGCACCUCAAGGCAACGACGAGCGAGAUAUCCAUCGUCCCCGACAAUGCCAUGUCCUCUUCGAUGAUGAGCAUGUCCUCAUCCAUUAACAGCCUGUCCCACAGCUUUCGUAGCUCAGAUGGUCAAUCCAUCACUUGGUCCAGAACCAGGCCAACCCGAAGGUCGAGUUCGCGAUGGGAAUCGGAUGAGUCCAGUGUGGACGAUCGACCGGAUAUUCCCACCCGUCAAGUGAGCAGCACGGCGCUCGUGUCCGACGACGAAGACGAUGAUGUUGUGUUGUGCCAUGUCCGGCGGCGUCACCAACAUGAUGACUCGCAGAUUUGCGAUGCCUGCGAAGAGCAGAGCCUAAAGGAUUCGGAACCCAAGAAACCUUUGCGCCAGACAAGCUCGAAUGACCUCAUGUUGGCACUACCAAGAAUACCAAGGAGGCAAAACAGUUUCCGUGGCAACAGCCGCCGUGAACGAAGGAGAAAGCCCAGAGGAGUGAGGCGCGAGAAAACCUUUCCCAGAGAAAGCGUCAACGCAGGAGCCGUUGCCGCAUGAAAGAAAGUAUCUGUGGUUGUACAGUAGAACACUCCUAGCUACCGGUAGCAUAGAGCGCUCCGUAGGUUUCAUUGUCAAUAAUGUAAUGCUUUUUAGAAGCAAGUCAACUGGCUC